AACUUAAACUUUAAUUAAUAUACUAAAAGCACAUUGUAUUUAAAUACAAUAUCAUAUUAGACUAUAUUUUUAUAAUUAUUUAAAAAUAAAACUAUAACUACAUCAUCAUCAACAACAACAACAACAAUAUCAACUAUGGACUCAAAUAUCGGUGAUUUGCGGCAAAAGUUUGCCAAACAAUUGUUAUCAUAUUUUUCGGACAUCAAUAUCAAUACAAAUCGGUUUAUGAGAGAUGAGAUCAGCAAAGAUAACGGAUGGAUUAGUUUCACGACAUUAAUGACAUUCAAUCGACUGAAACAAUUGACUGGCAAUUCAUACUUAGUUUUUGUCGAUACGAUUGAAAAUCUUAAGUUUGAUUCAGAUUUUCUAGAGAUUGAUGUCAUCAAUGAACGAGUUCGCCGUAACCCUAACCGACCGAUACCGCCGAUGACCGGCAAUUGGUUACGUGAACUGAACGAACGUACCGUACAUUUGGCUGGUUUUCCUUUGGACGUAACAUUUGAUCAGUUGACUGAUUGGUUGCAAACAUACCGAAUAGUUGAAUGGCUAGAUAUGAGAUACAGGUGCACACCAAAGAAAUUUCCGGCGGAAAAACAGUUCAAAGGUUGUAUUUUUGUCACUUUCAAGACCAAAGAAAUGGCCAACAAAUUGUUAGGUCAAUCGGUGAUCAAAUAUGGAGACGACGACGACAACAACAAUGAACUGUUGAAAGAAAAUAAAUUACAAUACUAUCGACGCAAACGUGAUUUUGUGGCCAAAAUUAAGCGCCGAAAAGCUGAAGAGCGACAAAAUCGUUGUAUAGUCGGCGGCGGCGGCGCUACCGAAAAGUUGGCCAUCAAAUUGGAUGCUAACAACAACAACAACGACGACACACCUGUUUAUAUACCACACAAUUCAUCGGUACUGAUGCUGACGGAUGUGCCCAUAGAGUUGUCCUAUCAGUCGAUACGUACCUACUUUUCCAAACUAAUUAACACGUAUUAUCAACUGAAAGACUGGCACAUCCGAUAUGUAUUGAAAAUCAAUCGCAAACGUGUCGGUUAUGUCCGAUUUAUUGGCAAAUUUUUGGCACGAGAUGUAUUGGCCGAUAUCUGUGAACCGGACGGCUGGUUGGACCAGAAGGUGCUGAUUAUCUAUGGUUAUCCUGUAUUAGCCCAAGUGCUCGAUGGACAGGACGAACGACGAUUUUGGCGAUUAAAUAACAAACAUAUUGAGACAUUAGAAACCAAAAUCACUGCCGACUAUCGCAAAGAUAUGGCCACCUAUGCGAUGUCAAGCCAUGAGAUCUGUGUACUGAAACGGGUAGACAAACGCCUGGAAUCGAUGAAACAGUCGCUCAGGGAUUCGGUACUAAUAAUUGAUAAACUGUGUUAUAUUGGACGCAAACAAAAGGAUAUGGUGUUUGCCUAUUUUAACAAAUUGGCCACUGUUUCGGCUAUCGACUAUCGACCGAAUAGCAUAGUUUACGUAAGAUUUAGCGGCAGCCGAAUGGCCAGAAAUGUGUUGGCCGUCUAUAGAUGGGUGGACGACGACGACCAGAAUAAUGAACCGAUUACUGACUAUUAUAAUCGGUACUAUAAAAUGAUAAUUAACAUCAACAACAACAACGACAAAAGGGAAGUCUACGCCCGUGUGCUGACCGGACAGGCCGAACGGGAAUACUUGGACGAGUCGGUGGCCACUAUUGAAAGACCGCAACUAAUCAAACGUGAAUUGAAACGCUAUCGACAUUACCGUUAAAACUAAACGGCUUGACAUCAUUGGGCUUAUGUAGUUUUUUUUUGAUUAUAUUAUAUAUUUAGAAAUUAA